GAAACAUACAAAGAAUUAUUAGAAAUUUAGGCAACGUUUUACCUAUUUAACGUUUUUCCUAUUUGAACUGAAGACAAUUUUAUAAAAUAUAAUUUGUGUAACUUCUAACAGCUUAUAGUCUACUAUAAGGCUGAAUUCCAAAAUUAUUACGAAAGAGAAUAGAUUUAUAUCCACUUCUGAUUAAAAUUUAUAUUUUUAUUCUGAAGAAUACGAGAUGCCAACUUCAAGACAUGAUUAUUUUUAAAGAAAGUCAAUAUAUUAUGUGAUAUUAAAGAACAAAUAAGCAUAAAAAGAGUAUAAUAAAUAAAUUUGCGAAAUUAGCUGACAAUGCAAUUGAAAUAUGACGUCUACAUCCCAAAGUAUGUCAACAACAGUUUGGCUCCUAUCAUUCUGUUACAUUCCAUGCUUGAAACGAAAAAAACAUGGUUGCAUAUAGCACCAGAGAUUAUAAAAUUCACUGGCAGAAAGGCUUAUGCAAUAGAUGCAAGAAAUCAUGGAGAAAGUCCAUGGACUGAUGAAUAUUCUAUUGAUGCGAUGACAAACGACUUGGAAGAGUUCCUUUUUCAACACAAAAUAAAUAAAAUUAUUCUUGUUGGACACAGUAUUGGAGGGAAAGUUGCCAUACAAUAUACUUUUAGGAAGCCUCAAAGUGUGGAGAAGCUUAUUAUUGAAGAUUCCACUCCAAGAAAUUUCAUAAAAGGUGGUGGAAGAUCUGUAACCCUCGGGUUGAAUAUGCUCAAAGAAUUAAAUGACCUGAUUCCGAAAAAUAAAGACAAACAGAAGACAAUUGACUUUUUAAAGAAUAUAUUUGUGCAAUUUGAUGCUGAAUUGGGGGCAUCAAAAGAGGCGAUACUGAAAUAUGAUUUUGAUAUUUUGCCUAUAAAGUGGGAAGGAGAUUCUUUUUCUCUGCAUUUAAAUAUGGAUGUACUGGCAGACGCCAUGUUCAACCACAAAUUACAGCAAAACAUUUCAGGCACUUUUGAAGGAGAUGUUUUGCUUUUAUAUGGUAAAAAGUCGCAGUUCAAAAUAGGAUCAGACAAAGAAAUUCUGAAGCACUUCCCUCGAACGAAGAAAAUCGAAUUUGAAAAUGCUGGGCAUUUCAUCCAUCACGUAUUUCCCAAAGAAUUUACUCAAGAAGUUGUUAAUUUCAUUAAUAAAGGAUCUAUAAUGCACUCAAAGUAUUAAAAAUAAAUUCUAUGAGAUGUUUGAUUUCCAUUUUCAUGUUUUCGUUGAAAAUAAUUUUUUUUUCUUACACAGUCGAUUUAACCGAGACACAUUGGGAAUUCAAAUGGAUUAUAUUUUUAAAAUUAAAUCAUCCUUUUAAAUG